CCUUGCUUUCAACCCACGCUUGGGCUGCUGCAGUCCCAAACUACAAAGCACACACAAUUCCAAGCCUAGAGAGAGAAAGAGGAGAGAGAGAGAGAGAGAGAGAGAGAGAGGAACCCGGGAACCAACUUGAAAAAGAAAGAAAAGACCCUGAAAGCAAAGCACGCCAAGGAAAAAGCAGAAAAGCAAAACUAAUCAUCAUAUCCAUUCAUGGGCUGCUCUGUUUCGAGACCUGAAGGCCGCGUUUUCAACAAAUCAGCCACCGUCGAGACCUCUGCCACCGGUGCUACUCCGCCGAUCUCACGAGCCCUCUCCCUGCCGACUCCCCUUGUCCACCACCCGCCCCUCAAGAAAGGCGACACCCACCACCUUGUUUCCCUCACUUCCACCACCUACGGUUCGCUCCUCCUCCUCGACUCCGAUCACAACCACUCAAACCCUAAAUUCAACCGUCAAGAUCAGGAUCUAGAUCGCCUCCCUGCUUCCUUUCCGCAGUAUAAAGCCCUAGCCGACCAAGAGACCCCGUCGCCUGAUUCUGUGAUCAACGCUUGGGAACUCAUGGCUGGACUCGAUGACUUCGAUUACUCCGCCAAAUCCGUUUCUGCUUCCUCCGUUCGUGAUUCCCCCAAGAAACCCUAUCCGUGUCCAGUUCAAGAAGGAUUCGUGAAGAAAAUGUGCAGUUCAUUUGAAUCAGCCAGGUCGUCGCCAGCGAAAAAGAAUUCGGUGUUGGUCGAUCCGAAGGUGAAGAAAUUGCAGUGUAACUCAUUCAAUUCUUUUGAUUCUUCGGCAAUGGCGAUUCCGGAAAUGGAGAUACCAAGUUCUCCGUCGAAGCCGCUUUGGAAGCACUUGUCUGAGGAAUCGCUGCUUGCGGAUUUGGAUCCGAAUGUCGCUUCUAGUUUCAGGCGAGCUUUGUCUACUAAGCAACUAGGGUAUAAUCAGUCGAGAGCAGUGAGGCCAGUUGGGUCUGGAGCUAAGGUUUCGCCUUUGUUUGAUAAUCGGAUUCGGUUGCCAGGAACUGAGGAUAGGAUCGUGCUGUAUUUCACCAGUUUGCGGGGAAUUCGGAGGACUUACGAGGAUUGUUGUACCGUUCGAACUAUCUUCAAGGGGUUUAGAGUUCCGGUCGACGAGCGGGACAUUUCGAUGGAUUCGGCGUACCGGAAAGAGCUGCAGAGUGUGCUCGGAGAGAAGACUGUAAGCUUGCCCAAGGUUUUUAUCAGGGGGAAGUACAUUGGAGGGGCUGAUGAAAUUCGGCAGCUUCAUGAGGUCGGUGAACUGGCAAAGCUUUUUAAAGGGUUCCCUGUUCGAGAACCUGGGUUUGUCUGUGGGAGCUGUGGUGAUGCAAGGUUUGUUCCUUGCUUGAAUUGCAAUGGCAGUCGCAAGGUGUUCGACGAAGAGGAAGAGCAAUUGCGGCGCUGCCCGGAGUGCAAUGAGAACGGAUUGAUCCGGUGCCCUGAUUGCAGUUCUUGAUUGCUAUGGGUGAUCGAUUGCAAGUAUAUAUAGUUCGCUACGUGUGGUGAGGAUUGCAUAAAAAACGAAAAAACAAAAGAAACUCAUAGUAAUGCUAUGGAUUUCUAUCAAUUUAGGGUUUGAUUUGAAAGUCUUGCUGGGUUACUCUGCUUUCACUCUAUGUAAAUUGAUCAUCACUUGGGUAUUCUUGUUCAUCAUCUCUCUUUUUUUUGAUGAAUUUGUUCAUCAUCUCUCUUGACAAUACAAAAAAAAAAUAAUAAUAAAAGUACAUUUUUUGUUGCUGUCUUAUUAACCAUUA